AUGACCAAAAAAAGCGUGGUGUUCUUUUUGAUCUCUGGUGUUGUUUUACUCGCUUACUUUUACUAUGAACAGCAGCAGGCCAAGGCUGAACAGGAAGCAAAAAAGUCUGAGGGAGUCGGUAAGCCUAAAGUUGGUGGUCCAUUUUCGCUUGUCGAUCAAACUGGUCGUCCAGUCACAGAUCUAGACUAUCGUGGUAAAUACAUGCUCCUGUAUUUUGGAUAUACGUUUUGUCCUGAUGUGUGUCCAGAGGAGCUUGAAAAAAUGGCCGAGAUUGUCGAUUUCCUCAAUGGUAUGGAGGGAUACUCGCAGGAAACAAUUGUGCCUAUUUUCGUCUCAUGCGAUCCAAAGAGAGAUUCUGUCGAGUCAAUUCGUGAAUACCUUCAAGAUUUCCACCCCAAAUUCAUUGGUUUAACCGGCACCUACAACCAAAUCCGUCGUAUAGCAAAAGCGUAUCGUUUGUAUUUUAGUGCUCCUCCACAGGCUGUUGACGAAGAUGAAACAGACUACUUGGUUGAUCACUCCAUUUUCUUUUACCUUGUUGGUCCAGAUGGAGUGUAUAUUUCCCAUUUUGGAAAAAACGAGACUGCCGAAGAGGUUACACUUAAAAUCAUUGACCAUAUUAAACAAGGACGGACUACGCGAGAUCUGUUUUCCAAAAACUAA